AUGGACUUGGACCCGAUCCUGACCCAUGCCGACAGCGGUGAUCUGGAUGCUAUGAAAGCAGUCUUGGCAGAUAGCAACAGCGUCAACAAGCGGUUAAAGCUUAGAGAUGCAGACAAAAGGACCGCAUUGCACCGAGCAUGCGCUGCGGGGCACGAGGAGAUUGUCGCGCAUCUCCUCAGCCAUCGUGCCAAUCCCAAUGUGGAAGAUGAGGAGGAGUGGACGCCACUACACUCUGCUGCCAGCCGUGGCUCGGUGUCCAUGGCCACUCUGCUGACAGAAGCCGGUGCAGAUUGCGAUGCGACAACGUCUUCGGGAAGCAGCGCCCUGCAUUAUGCGGCCUCGAAGGGGCACGAUGAGGUGAUCAGAAUUCUAAUUCAGGCAGGUGCCAAGGUGAAUUCCAAGGACCGGAGUGGUGGCUUUCCGCUUCUGAGAGCGGCAGGCGCCGGUCGGCUCCAAGCUUUGAAGAUUUUGCUCGAGGCGCAAGCAGAUCUGAGAUGCAAAGACAAGUCAGGAGACAACGCGUUCCAUGUUGCCAUCAACGGCCAUCAUACAGCGAUUUGCGAGAUACUCUUUGACCGGGACGAAGCGGAGAAGCUAAUGAAGCAAGAGAACGAAGAUGGUAAAACAGCAGCACAAAUGCUUCUGGACCUUGCACCGGCUGAGACUCGAGACAAGAUCAAGUCGAUAUGGAGAGAGAAGAAAGGUGGUUAG